UUGAACGCAUUUUUCAGCCAUGGCCAAAGUUUCCAGCCUCAGAGCUGUGCCUUUGAAAGAGCUUGUGGAGUCACAAGAAACCCGCAGACAGCUAUGCGGCGGUCAGCUGCUGUUGCGGAUUCGACUUGCGCCAGACGAGGUAGCAUCACUUUACGAGCCCGAUCCAUUGUUCAGCUUGGUGCCACGGGUGGCAUAUCUUCCCUUUCUCUUCCAUGACGUUCUGGAGCACUUCAAGAAGUCGAUUUCAAGAAUGGGGCAGCCAUAUGAGCUGUGGUUCGACUACAACAACAUUGCCUUGAAGUGGCACUUCCCUGUGGGCGUACUAUGCGAUUCAGUGGUCGGCAUGGAGGUGCCAGUUCCAUGGGAUCUCACCGUGCACUUCCGUGGCAACUCCUCCUUAACGAAAGACCUCCUACCGUUUAGUGGGAUGGCCGACCUGCAGAGAUCCGUCAUGAAUGCUUUUAAGCAGGCCAUUUUCCUAGAGAUUGGCUCUGCCGCUCGAUUCAUGCGCUUGGAGAAGAAAGAACAUAUGACGCUUUGGAAUGCAAUCCUGAAGAGCGACUUGGACACCUUUUCCCAGGUGAAAGAGAAGCUGAUGUGCACCAACUUGGUGGAGUGCAAAAGCGUAGCAGUGAGACUACACCUCUGGUCUGCGGAUUCCACACAUGGCUCCAACUGCGAUGUCUUGUUGCACAGGGCACCACCUCUUGAUGAAGAUGGCACGGCCAACACGGUUCAAGAUUUCUUGAACUUGGCAAUGCCACCACUCCUCAAAGAUGGCCAGUUGGCCGAAGGAGUGGAGAUUCUCUUGCAGGGAUUGCAAGUUCCACUUGACACGCCUCUAUAUUGGCUUUCUCUUCACGCCAGCUACUUGGAUCACUUUGUUCAUUUGGUUGCUCGUAUGCCAGACACUUCCUUCGGUGAUACCGUCAACCAGUAGGGUUGAAGUGUAAGGAAAGCAGAGAACAGAUGUAUUCCCAAAGAAGUACAGGAAAGGUUUUCGGAAUACAUUGCUUCGCUCAAGCUUCGUCCAGUUGACCAUACUGAAGAAGCUCAUCCUGCUGAGCAGGUUCAUCUCUGGAGUCCGGAGAACUUAGAGGUAUCCGAUGGUAUCCGAACCGUCCGAACCCUUCCAGAUUCUGCACAAAGAUGUUAGGGCCUCCAGAAAGUUAGCGGUUCCCACAUGGCACUGCCUUGACAAUGUGGAAAGGACGCGAGAGAAAA